GAUGAGGAAGUGAGUUCCAGAGAGGAAGGAUCAUGGGAAGGGAGUCUUCACCAUAACUUCUGCUUUUAUCUGUCUUUCCUUUGAUUAAACAUCAUGAUCCACACGGAGGCUGUUGUGGGUUUAGCCCUGCUUCUUUUCCUCCAUGUCGUUGCUCAGGUCAGGAGUAAUGGACGGACGGUGUGGCCCGUUCCUUACAGGCGGUUUGAUCAUCGGCCUGAAGCAGACUCUUACUGUGAAGCUCUCUACCCAUUCUGUCCCACGGGAGACCGAGACGGACGGUUCCCCUACAUGAGAGACAGCGACGUCAUCUCAGUUUAUCGCCUGCAAACACCCGUGUGGGAAUUCAAGUAUGGAGAUCUGCUGGGGAAAUUUCGUAUCAUGCACGAUGCCGUUGGCUUCAGCAGCUCAGAAACAGGUAGUAACUACACCAUGGAGUGGUACGAGCUGUUCCAGCUGGGUAACUGCACCUUCCCUCACAUCAGGCCGGAGGUUUACGCUCCUUUCUGGUGCAACCAAGGAGCCGCCUGCUUCUAUGAAGGCAUCGACGACUUACACUGGUCACAAAAUGGCACUUUGGAGAAGAUAGCAGAAAUCACAGGGAAUCAGUUCAAUGACUUGGCCCAGUGGGUCCAGGACGACAAUGCGACAGGGAUCUACUAUGAGACGUGGACGGUGCACUCUGACCCCAGCCCUAACGCCACAGUGUGGUUCGAGUCCUACGACUGCUCACAGUUUGUCCACCGCACGUACAAGAAACUGACCGAGCUGGGAGCAAAGCUGUCCAGCAGAUCACAAACAAACUACACAAAGAUCUACCUGUACAGCGGAGAGCCCGUCUACCUGGGCAACGACAGCGCCAUAUUCGGACAGCCGGCUUUGAAGAAUCUGGCGGUGGACAUCCGUAGAUUUUACCACACCUUCAGACCACACCAGUCGUUCACAGACUUUGCCCUCAGCCUGCUGGAGGCUUAUGAAAAGAUAGUUCUGGAGAAAAGCUUUUACCUCUACUACAACUUUGAGUACUGGCACCUGCCAAUGAAGUCUCCUUAUGUGAAGAUUACAUAUGAAGAGGUGCCUUUGCCUUAAAUUUAUUUUGUGAUGUUUACAACAAACGCUGCAAGUAUUUGAUAAUUUUAGGGAUGCACAAAGCUGCCUUGGGGUCCAUUACUUGGACUUAAGCUGAUACCAGUGACUUACUAAUAAGCUAAUUCGUACUCUGUGAAAGAGUCCUUGGAUAAUUCAUUCAUUUUUAACUAUUUGAAACAUCAGCUUUGACACAUCGCUCACAAAAAAUGUAAAAACUUUACAGAUUUUUUUUUUUUAAGUUAUAUUUUUGGCUUUACACCUUCAUUGAUAGAGGAGAGGACAGUGGAUAGUGUAGGAAACUGGGAGAGAGUGGGGGAAUGGCAUGCAGGAAGGAGGCUGCAGACUGGCCAAACCCAGGCUGCCCUCUACAUGGGCGUGCAACUUAACCAGUCAGCUAAGUCCGCGCCCUGCAGAUUUUUUUUACCUACUUUUUGGUAUAACAUGCCUGAAACACGUUAAGUCCAAACAACCCACAUGUGAGCCUCCCCCUCUUGCAGACACGGUAGCUCCUUUAUUCUUAUAUUGAGGAUAACGGCUAACCAAGUGCACAUCAGAUCUGCAACAAUUACACUUCUUCUCCCCCUUACCUAAUCCAGCUAUUUCAGUCGGUAUCACAUCAAUCUCAGACUCACUGGCUGUUAUCUACAACAACAAAGCCUCUGAGAGUGAUCAACAACUUUUCAAGACUUGUGGUGUAGCCUGUGUUUAGGGGUAAAAGACUUUCCACCAUGACCUCCUUAUUUGUGUAUUACCUUCAAUUACAAUCUGACAAGAAACUUUGUGAGAGCGAUGGAAUUGGUUUUGAGAUUCAUAGUCUGAGAGCAGAUUGAAAGCUGCACUCGCACAUAUCUGUUUAACAACAAUAAUUUAGACUGAAUCAUCUUUAUAUUACCACCUAGAGAGUGUAGGAUUGCAUUAUGCCCGAUGUGUCCUGCUCUGUUGCUCUCCACGCUGACUGUUUUCUGCUUGCAGCUGAAGCCUUCUGAAGCACUGAUGGACUCGCUCCUGCAGACUUACUUUUAUAAAGAAUCUGUGAGGAGAGAUCAGAGUAUCAGACCGAUAUCAAAUUAGUAUUCAGUUGGUGAAUCCUUAUGAUAAAUGUUUGUUUUUCUUGUUUAAUUAAUUGCACAAAAGCCAAAGAUAUUAAAAGUCAAAAUAAAAUCUUGAGGAAAGAAGAAAAUCUUGAGUUUUUGCUGGAUUAAAAAAUGUGAUAUGUAAAGGAAUUAGCUGUAAGCUUUCAAAGUUUACUCUUGACCAUUGAUACAGCAGUCCAGAGAACAACAAGUCACUGAAGUUAGUAUUUUAGUGGUGUCUGCAUACCAAGUGCAAAUGUAGUGAAGUUGUUCUCUUGAUAGCAGUUCAAAUGUAACUACUCAUGUCAGUGUUUGGUCUGUACAAACUUUUAGGUAUGCCCAUAUUGCCUUCCUCAGUUAACACUGGUAAAGCAUUUUUUAAGUACAUGGUCUUUAAGAGUGUUUCAAGUGAGAAUAAGAACUGGAAUAUAAAAAUGAUCAUGCAUUAAUAAAAGGUAAACUAUCA